AUGCAAUUAGUUUGUAUCAGUGGUUCUGAUUGGAUAUAUGUUGAAGAUUUUUCUGGUGUACCGGACUUUUCCUUGUAUGACAUUUUCAAUUAUUUGUUGUUGCACCGUUCAGAUUACGAUAAAAAGAAGUUGAAAGCUUAUAAGAGUGCAGAGGACUACCGCUUGUUUUACGAUGGACAUGUCCAGGAAAUGAAAGUCAACUACUUAAAAGAUGACAGCUCAGUUUGUGUUUUUAUAGGAAAGGUGAGGCCAACACAGAGGGCAAAGACGUUGACUGGGAAGAUGACCUACCAGUGCUGGUUUGUUGUUGAGAAGACUCUAGGUGAUGUUAAAGCAGCUUACUGUGAAUGUCCAGGAGUCAGUGCUGAUGGAGCUUGUCGUCAUGUUGCAGCAUGCUUAUACGAGUUGGAGGCAUUUGAGAAGAAGUCUGUUACUGACGGUCCUUGCCAGUGGAAGAAACGAAAGAGGGAACACGAUGAGCCAGUAGAGGUGGAACGAAUGAAGAUUAUCAAGCUAAGGAGGAUGGAAGCAUGUGUAUCAUCAGCAGACCAUGUAGUAUCCAGUUUUGAUCCUAGACAGAUGGUUGACAGAGCUGCAGAAGACGAGAAGAUAAAACAGUUUGCAAGUAAAUUAGCACAGGUAUAA